AGCAGCAGUACAGAGAAUGCCAGGAACUUCUGGGCCUUUAUCAGAAGUAUCUAGCUGAGCAGCAGGAAAAACUGUCACUCUCCCUUUCAGAACUGGGUGCUGCCAAGGAGAAGGAGCAGAAGGUAUGCAGUAAGAAGAGCUCAUGCCAACAGCUGUCUCUAGAGCUAGAUGGUUCCUACUUAGGUACUGGGGGACCUCCGACCUUUUAUAAGAACACCAGAGCAUCAAAAUCUGGAAGCCCAGCCCAUGUUGUAUUGUCUCAGCCUUGCAGGAAUAAUCAUCAUUAUGGGACUGAAAAUCAUUACAAUCAUCAGGAGUGUCUGAUGGAAUAUCCAGUAGAAAAUGGCCUGCACAGAAAGUGUAACAAUGUGAUUUCCUCCGUGAAACAGAGGAGCCCUGGUCGUGUAAAACCAGCUCAGGAGAUAGACCAGAAAGCAAAUGAAUUUCAGAGCUCAUGCCCCCAGCAAGUGAGUCAUGAAUGUACCUGCAGGCAUGUAGGGAGUUCAGGGAGCAUGCAAGAGAGCCACCAUGUCAGCCAGGUACCUAGAAGACACUCUGAGCCAGUUCACAAACCCUGUGAUUAUUCCAGGUGCUCUCGAAUUUCUGGGCUGAAUGACAGUGAGGACUCGGGGUCUAAAGAAACACAGCAGGCUAAAAGGUUGUAUGAAGAAAGAAGGCAGAAGCUGCUUCUGCAGAAAAUGGAGCUGGAAAUUGAAAAGGAACGACUCCAACAUUUGUUAGCAAAGCAAGAGGCAAACCUGCUCCUAAAACAACAGCAACUACACCAGUCCUGCAUGGAUUAUAACAGGUUUAGGGGCCGUGUACCUGCUUCAGAAUACACGCACACUGAUGAAGCACUGGGAGAACUUGCCCUGAUGAUGAACAGCAACAGCAUGGGGCUAAGUGUACCGGUGUUGAAACAUGAAGAUUAUUUUCCGAGAACACCUCCAGUGAGCAAAACCUCCAGAACACCAGGGAGCAAUGGUGGGAGCAGUUUGGAGAAAAAAAUGGUUGGGUUUGGUGCAAACAUGGAACAUGGACAAACACGUCUCAUGCAAACCAAGAGGGAAGGCACGAAGUCAAGGAAAGGGACAAGUUCAGGACCUAGUAAGGAUGCAGCCACAUUUCGUGUGCUGAUAGGCAGCACUAAAGAACCUGGAACCACAGCCACAUCACCAGUCCAGCAUGACAGUUUAUGGUAUGAAGCCUGUCACCUUGAUGUGGUUGAAGCUAUGAGUCCUAUAUCUGCCCCAGGACACCUCUGCAGAGAAUCUUACAGCAGGAACAAAAUGCAGACGCCUCGUCAUUUGAUCCACAGGCCAUCAUCUUGGUACCAGAUGCCUCACAGCUCCAGAAGCAGAGAAGAUGAGCUGAAGGAGAGUCAGCUCCUCGAGGAGAUUUUCUUCAUUUGACCUGCCUCAUUGGGCUACAGCCCUUCUGUAGAAUUUUUUAGGUUUUUGUAUUGCUGAUUUGUUUGGGUUAAAAGUACCAUCUUUAAAUUAUUGAAGUGGCAACUGCUUGUCUUCCCUGUACUAAAACAAAGCUAAUUAGCAUUCAGUUUCAUUUUGGGUUUAGAAACCAUGGUGCAGGAACUUGGUUGUGGUAGACCAGUCAGAAAAUGUAAACUCUUUUUUUCUUAAAUCUUUCAUGUGCCAAGUAAUCAUUCUAAAAUAGAAUUUUUUUUUAUUCUACAACAUAUUCUAAUAGAUUGAAGUCACAGUUUUGCCAGCCUCAUAACAGAAGUAUAUUUCAUUAUUGAUUUUUAUCUCUAAAGCAGUUUGCCAGAACUGCCUAACACUCAAAACCCACCACGUUCAAAGUAGAUUAUUUUCUAAUUAAACAAGCCUGUUUAAAACCUGGCAUAUUAUAAAGGUACAAGCACUUUAGUACUUUUUCCACUGAUUUUAUGAUCUACUUUAUCCUUCGACAUUCUGAUAUUUAACACACUGGGUUUUUAGGGGAUGUAUCAUAAGCUCAACUAUCCAGUGUCUAAUAACAUUAAUAGAUGAUGUUGCAGCUUUAUAUACUCGGCAUCCAUUUGAAAUAUAUUCCUCUUUAAAUCAGUGCUAUUUAACAGAGUUUAUGUGCUGGGUAACCUAACCCUGAAAUAUCUGAACACAGUCAGACAUUUUAGUGGUCCAAAACCUAUCUGAUGUGCUUUUCAAGAUGAAAUAUAUAGUAGUGGUAGUAUAAGAACAGUCUUAAGACAUUUUCACUAACUUGCACUAUUUUGAUCCUGUAUCCAGGCUCCAUUGUAAAUAAGACAAAUCAGUAAUUAUUUCCACUAGCAGCUCUCAAUGCACAUUUCCCUGCUGGCUUUAAUUAUUCAUGCUGUAUCUAUUUCAGUUUAUUUAAAUGCACUUCCAUCUACUGCAUGUACUUGGUUAUUUAAAGAAAAGUGCCGAAUUGGUAAAAAUGACUGCAGAUUACAGGAUUAAUGGUCAUUUUCUCCACAAUGCAGUGUUCUUAUUUUAUUGUAGCAGUAGCCACCGGCAUGUGUUCCUAGAAAUAUGAGGAUAAAAUACUCAUUUUGCACGGUAAAAUUGCAGUGAGUGAAAGGUAGAAUUGAGCCACUCUGGGCAAGUUCUAGGCCAUCUGCUCCCAAACACUACUUUGUGGGCCAGUACAGCUUUUCUGACAAUUCUCUUUAGGCAGCCCUGCUUAUCUUAACGGGAUUGAGUUGCUGUACUGAUGCUGGGGGUAUCAUGACUUGGCAGUGAGGGCUGUGGUGCAUCUCUGAUGAGAGCAUCAGUGCAGGGUGUCUAACACCCACCCCUGGCAGUGCUGUGCUCAUAUGGCAAGGAAAUCAAAGCAGAGUGGAGGGGAAAAUGAACCCCAAGUUACUCCAAGCUGUUUCAUGAAGGCACAGUCUUAAUCACAGGUUAGAUAAUAGCCUUUUCCUGCAUCCUAGAUGAAUUUUAAAAGCUGCUUGGAGGAGUUUAAAGGAGGGCAGUGGUAUUAGUGUACCAGAAAAUUACUACUGUAGAAAGGCCCUGCUUGGUCUUUCCUGCUGUCAGUGAGGUAUUGCUGCUCUUUCCAAUAUGUCUGGCUGCUGUUGAAUAUCCCUCUUGUUCUACUCCCCCUUCUAAGGCACAGGUCUAAAGCCCCAAAGAUGUAGUCUAGGCUUUAAGAGCUGGGUGUAGCUUGUGGGGAAAUAUCCUCCUUCUGUUGGGUGAGUAGUCUGCUUCUUUAAGAUGGCAGUGAAAAGGAAGAGUAAGGAAUAGGAAAAUGUACAAGAAGCAGCAGAAAAACUGUGGAAAUCAGUGAGGAAAGGUCCAUCAUAUACAUCCUAAGCUUUUUCGGUUGUUUUUUGGUAUUUUUGUUUUAUUUGGGUUUUGGUGGUUUUUGUUUGGGUUUUUCUUUAGUGGAGGUGGGAGGGCUUAAGAUAUGGCUUUUGUAAAGGAACAGAUCUCCUACUUCAGCCCAAAGACUUCUCUUCUCUUUUCCAGUUUGACUGAAAUUUUAAUUGCCAUUUCUACUAAGUGCUAACUGACUUUUUGAAGUAGUGGAAGUACACAUCUAUUUCUUGAAAGGUACCUUUGUGUAACCAAUUGAGAAAACUGCUUGGGAGUAUUCUGUUCUAUGGUUCUUUGUGGGUGCCAAUAUUUAACUGCUUUAAGAUUCCUUGUGAUUCAUUUUGUUCAUUAAAGUUAUAAUGUUGAUGCCAAGUUUUGAAUCUAUAUUUUAGUUGUAACUCUUUAAAAAAGGGCAUUGUCAGGAGCUACACAGGAGGAAUACCUUUUAUGAAGCCAAGAAUUCUAGA